ACACACUGUCUACUGAUGACAAUAUUGAGUCUUUGCAGCUGUAAAAUAGUCAGUGGUGAGAGAAGUACUCAGUACCUGUACUGGAGUAAAAGUAUCAGAACUACAAAAUGGAAUUACUCCAUUAUUUGUAAAAGCCAUGGCUUCAAAAUGUACUACAAAAGGAUUGUCAGAAAAACUAUUCAAAGUAUGAAAAGUAAUAGUAUCAUUAUGUAUAGGAAAAUGUGAAGCUCUUCCCUUAUUGAUUAAUGCUUUGUUACUUGAAAUAUUAUGUAAUGCCAUUCAUAAUGUUAAAAAGAUAUCACAUCUCCGCCCUCUUUACUGCCAGCUUUUUACCCCACCUUGUUUAUUUCAGACAUGGUCAGACUGCACGUGUUAUAAUUAAUCCUGAACGAGUAUACCAAGGCCCUCACAACUACUCAUAUCUACAUACAGUAGUUGAGUUGUAUGUUUACAAAUACUACCAUCUUCUAACACUCAUUUUACCGUUUUUUCCAUGAUAGCAGCAAAUCCUCCAGGCCAGAAAAUAUUUAGUAUAAUUAGAAUCGGUCUGACAUGGGAGGAUGCCCGGACUUACUGCAGAACACACCACACAGACCUGGCUAUGAUCGAGAAUGCUCAGGAAAACAUAGCCAUGAACAUGAGGUCAUUAUACGGUUAUUGGAUUGGCUUGUACCGACUACCAUGGAGGUGGUCCGAUAAUAGCAGCAGCUCCUUCACAAACUGGGGAAGCGGACAGCCUGAUGGUAAACAGAACUGUGUGGCUGAAACGUCAGACCACAAAUGGGAUGAUGUGAGAUGUGACAGCGAGCUUUCAUUUUUCUGCCAUGGAGCCCUAAAACUGAAGAAGACCAUGAUUAGGAUGAAGAUUGAGACUGAUGCUGACUUUUCAGAUCCAGCUAUUUACGCCCAGAUCCUUCAACAGCUAGGUGCAGUGCUGACAAACAAGUCUUCACUGACUGACUUCAACCUGGGGUUGAAUAUUCAAUCCAGAAAACAGACAAAGAGAAAUGAAGAGAAUGAUGAAGAGAAUGGAAAAGAUGUCCUUUGUAAUUGAUGUUUUCAACAAGCUGCAAAGGCAGAAUGCAUGUAACCAUAAUAAAUGUAGCUAGAUUACUUUGUUGAUCAAGUCCAGUAGAUUUUAUAAUCUAUCAUGAAAUACACUGUAAAACAAAGCCUGUUGUAAUCUUCACUGACUGUGCUCUGACUCAGCCUGACUCAGACUCAGAAGUGUUGCUCAGGGAAAAUCACAACACAUAUACUAGAUUGUGGUAUUUUUUGUGUUCUAAAUGUAGUUUUUUGUCUAUGAUAGGUAGUACAACAAGAAGAUUACAUUGCUUUCUGUUAUUGUCUACUUAAUAAAGUUAAUGUACUGCAUAAGAUUUUUCCACAUGAAAUAUAAUUAAUGCCAGAUUUUUCCCCCUCACUCAAUAAUAUGACUUGAUAUAAUCAGUUUUUGUUUUACUUGACUUAUUAUACAUUUAUUAAAUUUCACAGUUUGCACAAAUCUUUUACAAGGACUGUAAAAAUGUAGUGCAUGUUAAAACACAACUGCUAUCGAUUACAGUCUUCAAACCUCAGACUACAAAAAGAGACAAAACAUUCUACUUAUCAAUGACCAGACUUUAAUAUCCGGUGCCAAUCAAGAUGGCCUUUGUGAGAUUCCUCAUUUGCAUAUUCAAAUAUGUGCCCACUAAAAAGCUGCAGCACUUGUUUAUCAGUCUGUUUCUUUUCACUUAUUAUGUUUAUUAUGUCCUUGUAUAAUAAAACCAGCUGGGAAAUUAA